GGAGGUGCAAGAAGAAAUGUGGUACUGAACGUGAUAAUAAUUGCACUUGCGCCUGUAAAAGAGAGUGCCCAGUUCAAAAAGAGACCUACGUGGAAGUUAUUCGCCGCCUUACCUAGGAGACUCGUGACAAGUGGAUUCUCAGAAGCAGGCCCAGAUCCCAGCCACUCGGGUCCUGACAUGGGUAAAGUGUCUGCAGUACUUGCUGGGUCGGUGCUCACACUGUUCAUGUUCUUCUGGUACCAGGCGUAUAUUCAGACCGAGAGUGAGAGUCCGUCCUCCGGCAACGGCUUAGGCUCUGAAGCCGAACAGGAGCUCCAGAUAAAUAUGCCUCAGGCUGGUUCUGGAGAAGGCGCACAGAAUGGUCACGUGGGGAAAGGGGCGGGUAAUUCGGACAGUCACUAUGCCGAAAUAUGGGAGAAGGCAAGUGGAAUAAGGGGCGAAACCGAGGCAGUACCUCUUGAUUCAGUAGAUAUAACUGAAGGAGGUGUUAAACCGGAACGGACAGACAACGCGAAUCGAACACGGCAAGGCCUUAACGUGACAGAAGGAGUGAGUACACGAACAGUGGGAAAUGCCAACUCGCUGGAAAGUGAGCCCACCCCCGGAGACAGAAACAUAAUCUUCAUAGAAACAGGGUGUGUACUGGGCGGCUAUCAGGGUCCGGAUUACCUGGGCCUGUCUCUGUACAAGAGACAGGCAUGUACCAUUGAAUCUGCUGCCAAAAUGAACCCCGAAUAUAAUGUAUAUAUCUUAUAUUCCUGUCCAAUAAACGGAAAACUUGAAGAUUCGAGCGCGCACGUGCGGCAAAUCUUCAAAUAUCCGAACGUGAGGCUGUGGAGAUUGGAUACUACGAGAUAUUUUUCGAAAACUCCGCUGGAGAAGUGGGACUUUGGUGCAGCAAUGGCAUCAUCUUCGUGGCCAAAAGAACACUCUAGUGACGUGCUGAGGCUUCUGACCCUGUGGAAGUACGGGGGCACGUAUUUGGACCUGGACGUCGUCAUCCUCAAAUCCCUGGACCCCCUCGGCUCGAACUACGUGGGGUUGGAGUCCCCCGACACGGUAGCUAGCUGUGUCCUCUGCUUCGAUGUCGAAGGCGUUGGACGCGCGGUAGCAGACAAAUGCCUCGACCAGAUCCGGACCGACUUCAGGGGGAACAUCUGGGCCUACAAUGGCCCCGAGCUCAUCACCAGGGUGCUGCUAGGAAUGUGCGACACUUUACACGCUUCUGAGCUGUCCACACAGAGGUGCAAGGGGUUCCAGAUUCUCUCGAACAAGGAAUUCUUCCCAAUUCCCUACCAAAGCUGGGAGUUGUUCUUCGAGGAAUCCGGAAGUGAAGAAACUAUGGAGAAAAUCAAGGGAAGUUUUGGUGUCCAUGUAUGGAACAAACUCAGUAAACUGACGAAAGUUCUUGUUGGGUCCAGGCAACCUUACAGCCUCAUGGCUGCGACGGCCUGUCCUCGGGUGUAUUCUGUAUGUGGACGUGAUUUCUGAAAAGACAAGUGUAACAGCAGGUUCUGUAAAAUAAAGUUGGUGUUGGGUGCAGUGAA